UUUCAUUACCCUGUUCAGAACCUCUUCUCACAGUCACUUUCAUUACCCUGUUCAGAACCUCUUCUCACACAGUCACUUUCAUUACCCUGUUCAGAACCUCUUCACACAGUCACUUUCAUUACCCUGUUCAGAACCUCUUCUCACAGUCACUUUUAUUACCCUGUUCAGAACCUCUUCUCACACAGUCACUUUUAUUACCCUGUUCAGAACCUCUUCUCACAGUCACUUUCCAGUGAUGAUGUACGCAUAACUGCAAAACACUCAGUGAAGAGUAUAGUAAGAAAUGAGUAUAAAAACAGUUGAAAUGUUCCUUUUUUUACUGUAGUUUAGAAUGUAUAACUUUCCUCCCUUCAGUUCCUUUGUAAGGGUUUUACCACUUGUGGUUUUUUAUUUGUUUCUCAAAUCUCAAUACAUUGCCAUUCCCUCCUUCCUUUUAGUUUCAGUUGCAUUAAGGCAGUACUGGCUGGAGAGUCUGGAGCCAGCGGUCCUGUACACUGUUUACAUGACAGCGUGGAAUUCCGCUGGGAAAGGAGCAAAGGGGGAGGAGAUAAUCCUCAAACUGGCAGACAGCUAUGAUGUCACCAUUCUUGUGGUUAUUGUUGUCACGGUAACCUUCUCAAUAGCCAUUCCACUAAUUGUGAUGUUUUACAAUUGUAUCAGACACAGAAACAAGAGAAUAUGUGUCUUAUGGGUACCAAAAUGGGUUUUUGAAGAAUUCCCUAGAGUUGAGAACAGUACUGUGGUGAAGCUAUUGCAGGAGAAAUACAGGACUGACUCAGACUCUUUGUGGCGGUCCUUACACAGCGACCCUCCAAUAACAGAAGUGGAGGAAACAAUCUUCUUCUCAGAAGAGGUGGCUUCAUUGCCUUCUCUCCUUGGUGAAGACACGCUUGCAGAGAGAAUGGAAUGGCAAUGCGCAGGAAAGCCAGAGGCUGGCGACACUCCUAGCAAACAUCAUGGAUACCAUCCGCAGGUAUCAAACCAAGAAGAAGAUAAUUUACUUGACAGUGUAGAAACCUCUCAGCUUGAAUUACUCGAUUCAAGUUCUCCAGCAGACUGUGGUAUAUUUACAAUGCUGCUGAACGGGACUUUUGACAUUUCAAGCAGAAGUUUGCUUCCAGGUGGAGAUAUAAAUGUGACCUUUGGUGGCAAUGCACACAUCAUCGACUUAGCCAGUUUCUGUGGGGAGAGAGAGAGGGUAGAGUUUAAUGAGAGGCAUGACUUUUCAAUGGAAGGCUCAGACCAGGGUCAAACAUUGCUGCCAGAUGCACUGGUGGACUGUCUGAGACAUUCAGUGGAACCUGUUGCUGUGAACUCUUAUUUCCCUCAACUUGUUGUUCAUCCGGUUACAGAAGGAGACUGCUGAGGGGUUUGCAAAGAAGCUGCUAUUCACACAAACAAUGAAGCAUGGACUAUAUAUCUGCUGCAACUCAUAACUGACUGAUACUGUAACUAACCAAAAGAGGUUAAAGGACUCCGGAAAUAUACAGUUCAUCUAAACACUGAUAAAAUAAAGAAAGAGAAAAGCCAAUCGCUGCAGAAAAAACUGCACAAGACCUUCCAUAUUUCAAUACUUGAUUUGCACCUCACAAAACAGUGGAUUAGUAAAGUAAAGGAUCCUUACAUAGUUGUACAUGUUUUGAAUCGGGGAAUAACAAUCUUUUGUCAGUUGCAGAUGGUUUGCAGGCAGUUUGACUUUUGAGCAUUAAUUGUGAAUUUUACACUAAGUAGAAUAUUAUGUUAGAAUAAUUACAUAACAUGCAGUUAUUUCAUGAGACACAAUUAUGUUGUCUUUACUUAUUAUAUAUCAAGGUUUAAUGUUUAUAAAAUACACCCAGAGUUUCUUUAUGCCUUUAACCCUGAAAAGGGGGUGGUGUAAGAUUGCAUUUAUGUGAUAUUGUUUAUUAAUAUGAUAAUACCUGUUGUUUCAUCAAUCUGCCAUGCAAAAAAGGCGCUUCAUUAAUUUCUUUCUUCAUCUCUUCUAGCACUGUAAAGGAAAUGGAUGAAAUCAAGUCAUUCUGUAUGGUUUUUGACAUCCUAGUAAAUACAGUUGCUUGUUCCAUGUCAGGAGCAAUCAUAGCGAGCAAUCAUUUCUGUGAGUACAGUUGUCAUGCAAAAAAAACUGUCUCCCUUGGAAAAUAGUUCCCCCGGACCAAUUUUCAUUAUGAAAUCUAGUCCCCCCCAUGAAAAAAUGUGUUGUUUCUCUCCCCCCCCCCCCCCCUCUGGAAAAUGGUCCCCCAUUAUGAAAUCGCUGUAAUUAUGUUAGAACACAUUUUAAGAACGGUAGCAUGUUUAAAAAUGAGCUAGCCUUAGGGUAUUACAACUAAUACUAUGCAUUGUCAUUUUCCUUCUUGCUUGUUUAGCAAAACACACAUUCAUUUUGUUUUGAAACGAUCUAAAAAAUAUUUAUGGGAUACGAUUUAUCACCCAACAUUCACAAACAAUAUUAUUAUUAUUAUUAUUAUUAUUAUUAUUAUUAUUAUUAUUAUUAUUAUUAUUAUUAUUAUUAUUAUUUGUAUAAAUGUUGCCACAACAAUGCUCAUUUUGUUGCAUAUUAUUUUUUGUGGUGUGUUGCUUACUCAGUUCGAAGAAAAAAAAACACACACAAAAAAAACCUCAAGAAAAAUCUAAUCUUGCAAAGUUAUAUUCUUAAUUUUAAUUUAUGAAAAUAAGUCUGGGGGGGACUAAUUUCCAUGGGGGACCAAAUUCAGCAUGACACCGUUGUGCCGAAAUUUGCAUUAUUUUGAGAUAUGCGCAUGUGUCAGCGUUUCAUAUUAAUUUAUUCAUCGUCACGGUUUCAAUGUGAACUUUCAGCAUUAUAAAUUAAAUGUACUUUUUAGACAUAAACAGUAUAAAAACACCAAAACACAAAACAGAUCAAGUGAAAUUUAAAUAAACACAGUAGUUAUUACUUCCUGUUCUGCCUACUUUACGUUGAUAUAUUUGCUUUUAAAUAUUCACUAUAUCUAGCCUCAGGCGACUCAUGUAAUUUUGAAAUAUAUUUAGAAACUAAAAUUAAAGGUAGAAGCAUUUAAAAUUAUCAAAACGUAUAAAUCCUUCACCGUUUUCCAUUCACUACACG